CUAGAUUCCGGCACUUCUAAAUUAGAUGCAGACGAAGCAGAAUUCAAUGGAAGAAAUGAUUGCUCCAAUUACGAUAAAUGCUUAGAAGUACCCCUGGCUACUGAUUUGACCGACUGGAGUUACUGUAGUCAUCUCAGCUUUGUUAACCAAGGAGAAAAAGACCGGAUGUCCGUUGGCACCUAUAUGAGAAUAGGCUCUGAAACUCUGCCAAAUUCUUUUCUGUACAACCAAUCCUUGUCAAUCGCUGCUUCAACUGUCUUGGAGAAUUUGGCAGAUGUGGGAACCAGAACCGCAUCUGUGCAGCUGCAAGAUGUCCAACACCCUGUGCACAUGUCGGCAAAGAAGAAUAAGAAUCUGGAGGCAGCAAAUCCUAAGCAGAAUCCUACAGCAGAAUCGUUUUGUGAACAGUUGCAAAUACCGGAUGAGAAACAGGAGGGUAAUAAUAAUAAUAAUAGCGACACAUUGCAGAGUGAUGGUUGUCAAGACAACAAUCUCACCUUGGUUUCACAGUCUUUGGUUAGCAACAGUUUAAUCUCGGAUAUGCUCAAUGGAGUGAGCUUGUCCUUGCCCUGCAAAGAAAUAGCGUCUAGAUUUGAAUCCGAAGUUAACCACAGGUGCCGGUCAAGAGAAAGUGUUCAGAAAAAGGAACCGUCUCAUCAGAUUGAUGCCAAAUACUGCAAAGCAGCGACAUCACAAAGUGACACUUCUUCAAGAGUCACUGGUGGUCUGGAGUUACCCACCCCCACACAACAGCUUCACAGUGAUGCCACACAGGGUUUGAACCCCUCCCAAAUAGCUUUGCAUAGUUUCAAUGAUGAGGCUCCGUUUACAGAACUUUCUGUGUCUUUAUCAAGUGCAGAUACAUUGAGGGACCCAUUGUUACUGGAGUCGAGUUCUUCACAUACUCGGAAUGGUCCAUUAUCAUCGGCACCAAUUUCCGGACGCACACAGAAAUCUCUGUUGUCGUUGACACCAAGUCUUAGAGAUGCUCGGAAAGUUACCUCUUUGUCAGCACCAACUUCUACAUACACUCGGAAAGUUCUAUUUUCGUCAGCACCAAGUUCUAUGGACACUCAGAAAAUUCCGUUGUCAUUGGCACCAAGUUCUAUAGACACUCUAAAAGUUCCUUCUGUGUCGGCGCCAACUUCUAUAUUACAUACUGCUUCAUCAAUGUCAAGUUCAACUCAUUCUUCGACACUAGCAGCAUCCACAGCUACUCAUGAUCUGAGAACCAAACUCUCUUCCGAGACACCUGUAAAUAUCUCCAGAGGUGUAUUUUCUCCAGGUACAUCUAUUACUCACUCCAUGCAAACUGUGCCUUCCCAAGUACCUGCUCCUAGCUUCAUACAGAGUAGAUCUUCUCCCGGUGCAGAUUCUACUCACUCCAUACAAACUGUUCCCUCCACAGGAGUAUUUAAUCUUGACAUGCUGGGUGGUAUACCUUCUCGAGAAAGACCGGCUGUGUCAGCUACUUCUAUUUCUACUACCAAUGCUGCCAGUAAACUUCAGAGAACAGUAUAUUCUGCACCUACUGUAUCAUCAAAAACCCACAAAUAUGUGUCUUCUCCGUUACCUGGCUCUAAUCGCCCACAGGUCAGCAGUGACAUACAACACCAAGAUGAGUUUGUUCGACCACAUCGUGUAAACUCCCUUGACUCCCUGAGAGGGAAAGCUUUGGCUACUAACAAGAAUGCUUACGUUCCUCAAUCUAGACUGUCGAUGAGAUCCGGAACUGGUACCGGUGAAGAUAACUUGCAGCGUCAUUUAAGCUUCAAUGGUGAACCACUCAAGUCUGAAACAAACCUUGCCUCUUCCACUAAAACGAAACCAGAAGCCACCAAAAUAUCGAUGGCUGAUGUCGGACCCUAUUGUGAAAAUAAGAAAUUCAGUGAUAAUACUAUGCACCCAAGUAGGGAGCUGAAAGGGCCACCGAAUGAGGGCGGUUCAGUGCAGCAUGCUAACAAAACAAAGCAGAACUUCAUUGGUGAAGGCAAUGACGAAUCGAAGCUUUGGAAGACAAUCAUUGAGGAACCCCUCGAACAAACUCAGUUGAAUCCAUUCAUGUCCAUCCUGGCUGCUAGCGAGCCACUUUCUAAAGAUCAGCUUGGCCACAACGGAAACUGCAGUUCUGUUUUAGCAGAUCCCAAUCUAGCAGCAUGCAAAUCCGUCUUGGACGUGUCCUCACUGGCCAAAUUCUCAGACUGCUGUAUCGGUAUUGCUGAGAAGAGUUCAAUAACUAUAAGAAACCUGAGUAACUACUGGGUGGAGUGUAACAUUGAAUUGGUUCAUAUCUUAGUGAACGGACUAGAGAUGAGCACGACUGAUUACUGCCCAUUUCUUUUGAAAUCUAAAAUUGCACUAGGUCCGACGGAAGUCAACGAAUAUGAGGUAAUAUUUUUCCCACAAGAACCUGGCUCCUACGUCGCUAAAGUCAAAGUGGAAUCCUUCACACAAACCGCAUCGAGUAAACAUAAGAAUGAGACAGCAGCGCCCUCAGCGCACUUUGUGAAGCUGGUGGCUGUUGCUGACUCUCCGAGAUUGCAUAUUGAACCAAAGUCAUUGGAUUUUGGUAAGCAGAGUUGGGGCACAAGUAAGAGUUUACCAGUGAGGCUGGCCAAUAAGAGCAAUGCCAAACUACCUCUUAGAUUGGUUAUAUCGUCUCAAGGUGUGUUUCGUUGGGAUCAUUACUCCAUAGUGGAGAACGUGAGAGAAGAAUGCAGCUAUGCAGUGAGCAACAAAACUAUUUGUAAUCUGGUCCUUCCUGGCUCUCAGGCUGGCUGUAUGCUUAACAUGUUGAGCCUUCAAGUAUUUUGCGACCUUGCCAAAAACUCUGCCCUCAAGGAUAACACUAAAUCUGCCUCCCUUGUCGGACUUGUUGAAAUACAGUUGGAUGUACCCAAUUCCCUGCCACCCCUGGCUGUUAUUCACCUCAGUGUUGUUGCUGGGAUCUACAACUUACAGAUCAUUAAUGGAGUUGAUUUAAUUAAAAUGGAGACUUCUUUAAUGACACCCCACACGCACAAAGUGACCUUACUAAAUUCCGGCACCUUUGAUUUCAAUGUGAUGUUAUACAUUAACAACAGUGAUAACGUAUUCAGCUUGGACAGCAAUCGGAAAAGCAUCUCGGUUGGCCAAGUGGCCAGUGUUCAUGUUACCUUUCACCCGACUGAUGAAGCUGUCAAAUCUUACAACAUGUGA